GCCAAGCCAAGAGGCGGUAAAGAAGCACCGACGCCGUCACACAACAUGAUCGAUGUUGACGAAAUCCGAGUCCACCGGCAGCACCACCUACUGUCUAAGGCUGCUUCCACCUUCCUAUGGUAUGCAUAGUGCUUUACAGGGCUGCAUGCGAUGCAAAAAUCUCUUCCCGUCCAGCUGCCAUAUCCAGCAGAGAAUCCGGGAUACGAAGCAUCGAAUACUGUGGAGGUACAUCUUUGUCUCCUGUCCAGCUGCUCAUUACUACUUGCAUGUAAAUCUAGGCUGACGGAGAGGCAAAUGUCCCGAGCGGUCGUGAUCCCCGCCAGCAAUAUUCUACUUCGCACGGUGUACAUUACGACACUGGGUACCAACGGGGCAGACUGCACCAGAAAACCUGAACGCUUGCUUCCAGAACGUGCUCGAUGGGCGAUCCCCCCUAUGGCCAGUUUAUGCUGUGGUGAGAAGCGGGAAAAUCGUGGUGAACUGUGCCUGCAAUCGAUGUUCUGCUUGUUUGUCAACAGUCGACCAGUUGACCACUUGACAAGCAUCAAUGCGCAGGGGUGCUCCCCGUAUGAAAGUCGCUUAAAGGUAACCUGAAUAUGAGGCCCUCAUAGCAAGUGGAAGCUCUGUGCCGCAUGAAAGAGUUGCGUAUGUUGGUGAGAGCGAAGACGGCAGAAGGGCACGAAGAGGAGUCACAAUGACUUCGGUUCAAAGGUUUUACACAGCCAUCAGUUGGAUAGCGACAUUGACGAGGGGCCGGCAAUAGGUACGAAAGACAAAAGAAGGCUACGUACAGGGAGAAACUGUCAAGUCCAACUGGAAAACCUCGAAUAGCCGCUUUUCUGGAGAAGGAGAAGGGAUGCCCCACUGAGGUGAGAUACGUACCCCGUACCUUGACUGCAAAUAGAAACGAGGAAAGCCCCGGUUUCCCGUUCAGGUACCGAUCCUGUGACCCAAUCAGCACAGGCCAGAAACAUCCCGAUCAGGCUUAGGUAGGUAGUCCGGCACGGCAAAUUCGUUGGUGACAGA